AAAUCGCCACUACAGAGUUGCCACCAUGUCCGUUGAUAGAUUUGUGGAUAUCGCAACAACAGAAAAAAUUUAAAAGGAUUUAGUCUAUUCAUCCAACAUGUCCGUCUAUCGCCUGAACAAGCUGAUCCGGCUGGCACCCAACAUGACCGCGGCCCGAUCAACUGUUGCGAUGCAGCCCCAACGCCACAACACAUCCCACAGCGCCCAGGCGGCCGACACUCCUGGACACACGUCUUUCAAGACCUUGGCCAUAACGACGCCCAAGCCAUUUGUCUUCCAUGUGGAACUUCAUCGCCCCAACAAGUUGAAUGCGAUCAACAAGCAGAUGUGGCUGGAGAUCAAGGACUGCUUUGAAGGAUUGUCGACGAACCCCGAUUGCCGUGCCAUUGUACUGUCCGCCUCUGGCAAGCACUUCACGGCCGGCAUCGAUCUUAGCGACAUGAUGAACCUCGGCCAGCAGUUGUCAGACACCGAUGACUGUGCCCGCAAGGGCUACAUUCUGGAGCGUGUCAUCAAGCUGUACCAGGACUCGAUCAGUGCCCUCGAGCAGUGCCCCAAGCCCGUGAUAACGGCCGUCCAUCAGGCAUGCAUUGGCGCUGGCGUCGAUCUGAUAACUGCCUCUGACAUCCGCUACUGCACCCAGGACGCGUUCUUUCAGGUGAAAGAGGUCGAAAUCGGCAUGGCCGCAGAUGUGGGAACCCUCCAGCGAUUGCCCAAGGCCAUCGGCAGCCAGUCCCUGGCCCGUGAGCUGUGCUUCACCGGACGCCGCUUCGAGGCGUCCGAGGCGCACUCCUGUGGCCUUGUUAGCCGCGUCUUUCCCGACAAGGAGUCACUGGUGACCGGCGCCCUGGCCCUGGCCGAGCAAAUAGCCAACAAGAGCCCCAUUGCGGUGCAGACGACAAAGGCGAACAUGGUCUACUCGCUGGAGCAUACCAACCAGGAGGGACUCGAUCAUAUUCGCUGGUACAACAAGUUGAAUCUGCAGUCAGAGGACUUUGCCCAGGCCGUGGCCGCCCAGCUGACGAAGGACGACAAGCCAAUCUUUGCCAAGCUCUAAGCUGAGAGACAUUUUUCAUUUAUACAUUUUCCAAUACAUAUAUUUUCCAUAUUCACAUUCAU